UUAAAUAAAUCACAAUUAAGAAUAGUCAAACAUUUUCUCUAACCACUCCCUUCUCACACCAACUCGCCACCAGCUGACAAACAGCAAACAGAUUCCAAAUCCAAGACUUUUUUUGUGGGAAGUUCUUUCCACUUUGCUACCACCUCCCAAUUUUCCUAUACAUAAAUAUUACACAACAUAUAUAUAAUGUAAAUAAGCAGUUACACUUCUACAACAAAGUUGAAAAAAGAAAAAAUGGGUUGGGGGAAAUUGUUCUUCACAGUGGUGAUUACACUUUCAGCAGCAUUGAUCACAUACAAUAUUCUCAUCUCAGCUAAUGCUUCUUUCAAACAAGAAUUCCCAGGCCCUUCAAAUAAUUUUAGAAAAGUUGGGAUUUUUGGUCAAGACCCAAUUAUACAGAUGCCAUUAGACAAAUCAAAGAGCAAGAAGAGGUUGUUUCACACAGCUGUAACAUCUUCUGAUUCAGUAUAUAACACGUGGCAGUGUAGGAUUAUGUAUUAUUGGUUCAAGAAGUUUAAGGAUGAGGAAAAUUCAGAGAUGGGUGGGUUUACAAGGAUCUUGCAUAAUGGUAAACCAGAUAGGUUUAUGGAUGAGAUCCCUACUUUUGUUGCUCAGCCACUUCCCUCUGGGGUGGAUCAGGGCUAUAUUGUCCUCAAUAGGCCAUGGGCUUUUGUUCAGUGGCUUCAACAAGCACAAAUUGAAGAAGACUACAUAUUGAUGGCAGAACCAGAUCAUGUUAUCGUCAAGCCCAUCCCAAACCUAUCAAUGGAUGGCCUUGGAGCGGCAUUCCCUUUCUUUUAUAUAGAACCCAAAAAGUAUGAGUCUGUACUGAGAAAGUUCUACCCUGAAGAACGGGGACCUAUAACUGACAUUGAUCCCAUUGGGAACUCCCCUGUCAUUGUUGGGAAGGAAGCUUUGAAGAAGAUAGCUCCGACAUGGAUGAAUGUUUCUUUGGCGAUGAAAAAGGAUCCUGAAGCAGACAAAGCAUUUGGUUGGGUUCUUGAGAUGUAUGCCUAUGCAGUUUCGUCUGCUUUGCAUAAUGUUGGUAACAUAUUGCACAAGGAAUUCAUGAUUCAGCCUCCUUGGGAUACUGAAAUCGGCAAAGCGUACAUAAUUCAUUACACAUAUGGAUGUGACUAUGAUAUGAAGGGAAAGAUGACCUAUGGAAAAAUUGGAGAGUGGAGAUUCGACAAAAGAUCAUAUGAUAAUAAGUGGCCUCCAAGGAACCUUUCUCUUCCUCCACCUGGUGUCCCAGAGAGCGUGGUUACCCUGGUAAAAAUGGUGAAUGAAGCCACCGCUAACCUUCCAAACUGGGGUUCUUAGAAUGGUAUUGUGAUUGAAGCUGUUUCACAUGUGCAACAUGUAUGAUGAGUUCAUAAUUUGUAAUUUCUAUACCAAUGUUGCAUACAAGAAAAAUCUUAUUUCCUCACUUCUGGUGGUAAAUUGCAUCUCCCCUAUCACUUUUGUCAGGGUAUCUGAAACUUCUUCUAUUAUGGCUGCAGUUCCAACUGUCUCUAUCCAGUAGGUUUACGUACCAGUGUAUAGUUGCAAAUCUGAUCCAUGUGCAGUAGGUUGCUAUGUAGAAACUAUGUAGUUCUUGAGUUUACUAGUUGCAGCUCUUCUCAUUGCUAAAUAAACUAGUAUCUAAUGACAAAUGAUGGGAUAUCUUAAGUUUGCUGUUA